GGUUGAUCAUUGCGGACGGCUACGUGAGAGCAGUACGAACGCACAUCUUGCCGCAUCCUCACGGCAUUAUCGGAAGCCACGAUCUUCACAAUCGCUUUUUCACUAUUUUUGCUCCUUCCCCAACUACCGCUGCCGCUGUACCGCUUGUCAGGUUACUUGCCAAAUCCCUCCUCCGCCGUCCAGUUUAGGGCUCUGCCGUGUUGCGGUUCGUAACCGUGCCCGGUACUGUACGAUCGACAGUGUCUACCGUUACACGUUCAGCCUCGUUACACGGCGUUACACGAGCAAUAAAGUGGCCACACCGAACAAAAAAAACUGCAAUCAAUAAAACCAAAAACCCCCGCAAGGGAACGACGACACACGAUUCCUGCCAGCUGCCCGCAUAACGUACAGCACUUGCGCGCAAGAUUAACAGCGAAAUGGAACACACGUCACAGCAGUACCCGGAAAUGGAACAGGUCCUCGAGCCGGUAACCUCCAGCAGUAGUAGCAGCAGCAGCAGCUGCAGCAAUAGUUCGCCACUAGCAAACGAAAUGGAGAAUCUUGCAAUCCUUCCCCACCGGCCAACGGCAUCAAUGAGCUUGGGCAAGAAGCGUGCCGGACGGGGCGCUGUCUCGAGCGGGCUCACCCACGAGUGCGGUGUGUUCGGUGCGAUUGCGACGGGCGAAUGGCCGACGCAGAUUGACGUGGCGCAGGUCAUCUGUCUCGGGCUGGUGGCGCUACAGCACCGCGGCCAGGAGUCGGCCGGUAUCGUGACGAGCGAGGGUCACUGUGCGAAAAACUUUAACGUGCACAAGGGCAUGGGUAUGAUCAACAAUAUCUUCACCGAUGACUCGAUGAAGAAGCUGAAGGGUAAUCUCGGUAUCGGGCACACGCGCUAUUCGACGUCGGCCGCAUCGGAGGAGGUUAACUGUCAGCCGUUCGUGGUGCAUACGGCGCACGGUGCGCUGGCCGUGGCACACAACGGUGAGCUGGUGAACUGUGAGAGCCUGCGGAAGGAUGUGCUGUCGCGUGGCGUUGGACUGUCGACGCACAGUGACUCGGAGCUGAUCACCCAGGCGCUCUGUUUGAACCCGCCCGAAGGGGAGGUGGAUGGACCGGACUGGCCGGCACGCAUCAAGCAUCUGAUGCAGCUUGCACCACUGUCUUACUCGCUCGUAAUCAUGCUCAAGGAUAAAAUUUACGGUGUGCGCGACCCGUACGGCAAUCGACCGUUGUGCAUUGGCAAGAUUGUACCGCUUACGAUUGGCGCGUAUCGUCACGAAAAAGUCGACAAACUUCCCGCCGAAGGGUGGGUGAUAUCGAGCGAAAGCUGCGGCUUCCUUUCGAUCGGUGCUCGGUACGUGCGGGAGGUACAGCCCGGUGAGAUUGUGGAGUUGACGCGUGACGGUAUCAAAACGAUCGAUAUUAUCGAUUGUCCGGAGAAUCGGCGCCAUGCGUUCUGUAUCUUCGAGUACGUGUACUUUGCCCGUUCGGAUUCCAUUUUUGAGGGUCAGAUGGUGUACUCGGUGCGUUUGCAGUGUGGCCGGCAGCUGGCACGUGAAGCCGGUGUCGAUGCGGACAUUGUCAGUUCCGUGCCGGAGUCGGGUACGGCAGCAGCUCACGGUUUUGCACGAGAGGCUAAUCUCAACUUUGCGGAGGUGUUGUGCAAAAAUCGGUACGUUGGCCGUACGUUUAUUCAACCCUCGACACGGCUCCGGCAGCUCGGUGUGGCGAAAAAGUUUGGCGCCCUGUCAGAGAACGUGGCGGGCAAACGGUUGGUCCUGAUCGAUGAUUCGAUCGUGCGUGGUAAUACGAUCGGGCCGAUCAUCAAGCUGCUGCGCGAUGCGGGUGCGCUUGAGGUGCACAUCCGGAUAGCUAGCCCGCCCCUGCUCUAUCCGUGCUACAUGGGCAUCAACAUACCGACGCGCGAGGAACUGAUCGCGAACAAGCUGAACGCGGAGGAGCUGGCGAAGUAUGUCGGUGCGGACAGCUUAGCGUACCUGAGCGUGGAGGGUUUAAUCAAGGCGGUACAGCUAAACAUGGCGGUGAAGAAACCGGAACAGGUCGGUCACUGUACCGCCUGUCUGACCGGCGACUACCCGGGCGGGCUACCGGAUGAGCUGGAGUGGUAGAGCUAAACAGAUUCAGAGCACACUGCUAUUGGUUUUGUGUGCGUGGUUUUUUUUUUGCAUUUACAAUGUAAGAACACAUAGUGACGUAAUGUAAUCGUACGAUCUGAAUAAAUAAUGAGACUUUAGUGUAA